AUGCGGGAAGGAUCGAGGAGUCAAAUAAUGGAUCUGGAAGAUCGAGACCCAAAUAAUCUAAACCAACAUUUGCAGGUUGUGUGGGAUGACGUGAUAGGUGAGCCCGAGGGCGUGCGCAGUCCUGAGUGUGCCUGGAGACUGACCGAGCAGUGCUUCAAAGUUUCGAAGAACUGCUGCUAUGUCUUCUUGACCGUACUAUUUGCGCCUGUGGCCGGUCUAUGUCUCGGCUGCGGUUUCGCCUGCUUGGCCUUUCAGCACAUAUGGUGCGUGGCACCAUGCCUAAGAGUGUGGAAGAUCAGCUGCGGCGCCUGCAGGAUAAUCUGCGCCUCCUGCGCCCAGGCGGUCGUAGCUCCCUGCACGGAAGCUCUCGGCUACUUCUGGUCGAAGGUCAAAGUGCGACAUCACACGUUGCCGGAUGGACCGGAUCACGUCCAGGACGUACUUAUUCUAUAA